UGCUGAACUGAUUGGCGGAGCUGCUGAACGUGACCGAGGCCGGGGAGAUGGCGCUGAGCUGCAAUGAGAACGGCCAAGGAAAUGGGCCGGUUUUUCCGGAUCUGAGUGCUGAAGAUUCGGAGGAUUUCGGCCCGACUCAAAUUGAGAGCUUGUGCAUGAAUUGCUACCAGAAUGGGAUAACCAGGUUGCUGUUGACUAAAAUUCCAUUCUUCAGAGAGAUUAUUGUUAGUUCAUUCGCCUGUGACAACUGUGGUUGGGUGAACAAUGAGAUCCAGUCAGCUGGGAAGAUCCAGGAACAGGGAGUACGCUACACAGUCCAUGUUUCUUCCAGACGGGACCUGAAUCGCGAGGUUGUGAAAGCGGACAGUGCAACGACCAAAAUUCCUGAACUUGACUUUGAGAUUCCACCAUUUACGCAGAAAGGAGCUCUUUCUACUAUUGAGGGUUUGAUUGACAGAGCGGUUGGGGGUUUAGAGCAAAACCAGCCUGCAAGGAAGGCAACUGAUCCUGUUGUGGCUUCUAAGGUUGAGGAAUUUAUUGAGAAACUAAAAAAGCUGAAGGAACUUGAGACUGCAUUCACACUGGUUAUUGACGAUCCAUCUGGAAACAGCUUCGUUGAAAAUCCAUAUGCCCCUCAGAAAGAUGAAGCCUUAAUGAUUACUCAUUACAAGCGAAAUGCUAAACAGGACAGUAUGUUGGGUUUGCAGGAAUGGACACAGGAGGAGACUGAAAAUAUCCAAGAAGAUUUGAGGAAUGAAGUGCUGCAAUUUCCUACCAACUGCCCAGAAUGUAAUGCGCCUGCUGAAACAAAUAUGAAGCUAGUACAGAUCCCACACUUCAAGGAAGUGAUAAUCAUGGCAACAAACUGCGAAGCAUGUGGACAUCGGACCAAUGAGGUAAAGUCAGGAGGAGCUACUGAGCCUUUGGGUACAAAAAUUACUCUAUGGAUUACAGACCCCUCUGACAUGACCAGAGACCUGCUCAAGUCUGAAACCUGCUCUGUUGCUAUUCCAGAGCUGGAAUUUGAACUUGGAAUGGGAAUCCUUGGAGGAAAGUUUACAACCUUGGAAGGACUGCUGGCAGAUGUAAAAGAAUUGAUUGUGACAAAGAACCCAUUUUUUAUUGGAGACAGCAAUGAUCCUGAAAGAUCUGCAAAACUUAAAGAAUUUGCAUCCAAGUUGGAUGAGAUUAUGUUGGGUAAAAAAGAAGCCCAUCUUAUUCUUAACGACCCGGCUGGGAACAGUUAUCUCCAGAAUUUGUAUGCCCCUGAUCCUGAUCCACAAAUGACGAUAGAGAAAUAUGAGCGCACGUUUGAACAAAAUGAGGAACUAGGUUUGAAUGAUAUGAAAACUGAAAACUAUCAGCCACAGAAAAUGGAUAAAUAGUGCAAUAAGUCAAUUGAGAACAGGUUGAAGAGAAAGAGCUAAUGUGAUUGUCACGUGAAAAUAAUUCAUUCUCAAAAGAAACAUUAUAAAGGACAAGGCAUUGAAGUAUUUAUAGAAGAAUUUGACAUGGAGCUGGGCCAUUUCAAACGAGAAGCAAUCAAAAUGUCUUGAACAUUGGCAUGGUGUUUGAUUGAAUAAUAGUUCCUCUUCGGGGAAUGUGUCCAGUAUUAGUUUCUGCUCUAUCCUUCAAGCUCUGUGUAUGCUUCAGCAGCAGUUUCCUGAUCAAGAUGAAAAGAGUGGAAUUUACAGGGAAGAACCUACUUGCUACCAUCUGAAAGGCAGCCACCUUGUAUUCUUUGUGCACUUUGAAUUCCUAGUACUAUUUCUCAGUCCUAAUUUUGGAUAACCUUAUCCAAACUCUUUCAAGCCCCUAAAUGUAAAGGGUUUCCUGGAUAUCCCACAGAUAAGACUGAAAUUGAUAUCCAGAUUAUUAGUCAAUUGCCUCUGUAGACUAUUAGUAGUCACACAAAAUUCAGCCAUAAAGUAUUUAAUAAAUAUCAGAAAUAUCCCUUUCAUUUCUCUUGACCAGCUGGCAAAACUAAAUCUGAAUAAAGCGCUUCAGUGAUCAAAAUUGCCAAUGGCAGAUGUUUGAAAGAAGCUGAUGUGAAUUUCAUCCUACAUGAAAGGGUGACUUCUGUCUGGUCCAUGAGCUGAAAGGGAUCAAUGCUGUUAUCCUGUCUGUAUUUUAUGUCAUUGAUGAGAAAAAGGGAUGGUUAGCAUUGGAAAGGCUUUUGCCCUUCGGAAUCUUGUUAUGAUGACUGAAACUGUGUAAUUUGUUUCAUGCUGCUGUUUGAGGCUCUCUCUCUACAGUUCUGUAUACUCAUCAUUGGGAUAAUAUGAACAUUUUGGAUGGUUAUAUUUUAGUGGAAGAAAAAAAUAAUAAAUCAAAUUUUAAGAACUCAA